GACCAUUCACACGCCUCUAAAAGUAAGUUGUUCAAGCUCAAACUCCCUCCCUUUUCAUCAUCCAAAUCCACGGCCAGAAUCCACACCCCUCUCACCCUCUCCCCACUUCCACCAUGUCAAAUGAAUCCCAAAUUAUGUCCCAUGAAGAGCUCAUUGCCUCCAAUGCAGCCUUGAAAGCCCAAGUAGAGUACUUGGCUAAAGAGGUAGCCAAGCUUACGAAGAUGAAACUCAACGAGCUACAAGGAAGUGAUCGUGAAGAAGACACUAGUUCUAGUGGAACCGUGAAGCCUAAAACCAAUGAAGGUUCUGAAUUCAAAGUUGACAUUCCAACUUUCGAAGGGAAGAACGACCCGGACGAGUUCCUCGAGUGGCUGGAAACGGUGGAAUGCGUCUUUGACUUCAAAGAUGUUUCCAACGAAAAGAAGAAGGAAGAACAUUCUCUGAAACAGGAAAGUGGUGCUGUUAAUGCCAUGCAAGAUCUUUAUGAUAUUGUCCGCUGUGAUGUUCUUCAUGUCAACAUGAGAGAGUCGGAGGGUUUAGAGGAGCCGCUGGUUAUCUCGGCAGUCGCGACAAUGAAUCAGCGUCGGCAAGUAAGCUUCUUCCAGUCAUCUUCUCCGGUGUUUGCACAAAAAAGGCUAGGCGAGCAGUUAGGCGUCCAUAUGACCUCGCCCAAACGCCUAAGCGUCGCCUAGGCGACGCCUUGAUAACUAUGUU